CACAUGAUUUUUCGUAGACAACACAGGAACAACGAGCGAUACAAAUGUGACAGAAAGGCAGGAGAAAUACCUGAUAAUUUUCGUUAAUGGCAGCGUGAAUUACUGCGAAUCGAGUAUACAGAAUGACUACAGUCCGCGCGUUCACGUGUGAAGACCUCUUCAGGUUUAACAGCGUUAACCUGGAUCCUCUGACAGAAACCUAUGGUGCAGCAUUCUAUCUUCAAUACCUUGCACAUUGGCCAGAAUAUUUCCAAGUAUGUGAGUCCGCCUCAGGAAAGAUUAUGGGAUAUAUUAUGGGUAAAUCUGAAGGCUCCGUCCAACAGGAGACAUGGCAUGGUCACGUUACUGCAGUAACCGUUGCCCCUGAGUAUCGACGACUUGGCCUGGCUGCCAAGAUGAUGAACUUCUUGGAACAGGUCUCUGAAAAGAAAGCCUGUUUCUUUGUGGACUUGUUCGUGCGUGUCUCUAAUGAAGUAGCAGUCAACAUGUACAAGCAUCUUGGCUACACAGUGUAUCGUAGAGUCAUAGAAUACUACUCAGGAGAUCCGGAUGAAGAUGCAUUUGAUAUGCGUAAAGCCCUGAGCAGAGAUACAGAAAAGAAAUCCGUGGUGCCACUGAAGGACCCUGUCUACCCAGAGGACGUAGAAUGACAUUAUAGGUGAACUCAUACUGUAACUGACUGGGGUUUUGUUUUUUGUUUCUACACAAAAUAAGCACUGGAUUUGGAAAACCAAACCUGGGGCCAUUUUCAUAGAGCUGCUUUGAAGCAAAAAAUACUGCUUAAAAAUUGUGCUUCUUGCUAAAGCAAAUAUAAGCAGGAUAUCAGCCACAGAUUGUACAUGUGAGAUUGUAUUUUGAUUGGUACCCUUAUUCUGGUAAGCAUAAUUAUGUUUUGCUUAG